AUGGCGUACAAUGAGGCGCUGCUGGGGAAGUACCGCGAGCUGGUGCGGCGCGGGGAGCCGUUUCGCAGCGCGACGUGCCCCUACUGCAACGGCACCCGCGACGCGAGCAUUCAACAUAUUGACCCCAAGCGGAAACCGCAGUCGCCGUGGGACUUUUGGGACCACAUCGUCUGCGCCCCCUCUGCCGAGAAGAACGACGGCGGCGGCGACGCACACGAUGGCGUGGGCGAUGCGGGGGCGGCGUUAAGCGCGGAGCAACGCCCUCGCGCGCCGCCGCGGCGCCGGCCGAUGUACGUGGUGGGGCCGAUGGUGGACCAGAGCGAACUGCCCUUCCGCAUGCUCUGCCGCCGCUACGGGGCGACGCUGGCGUACAGUCCAAUGCUGCACGCCAGGAGCUUCGCCCAGAGCGCCCAGUACCGCGCACGCUACUUCUCCACGACGCCGCACCGCGCCACACCCGCGGGCGGCGCAGGCGCCGAGGCGGCGGUGGGCAUUGAGGAGGCGAAGGACCACCCGCUUUUUGUGCAGUUCUGCGGGAAUGACCCCGACACCCUGCUCGCGGCGGCGCGGUAUGUGGAGGACCACUGCGAGGCCGUUGACAUCAACUUUGGCUGCCCGCAAGGCAUCGCCCGCCGCGGCCACUACGGCUCCUUUCUCAUGGAGGACUGGGAGCUUGUGCACAACAUCCUGCACUGCCUCGCCGUGGAGCUGCGGGUGCCGGUGACGGCGAAGAUGCGCGUGUUUGACGACGAAGCCCUGACGCUGAAGUACGCGGAGAUGCUGCGCGACACCGGCAUCGCGGUGCUCUGCGUGCACGGCCGCACGCGGCACAACACGCGGGCGCUUGCAGACAUUUCGAAGAUACGUCGCGUGCGUGACCACCUGCGCGGGUCCAUUCCGGUCAUUGGGAACGGCAACGUCUUGACGUUUGCGGAUGUGCUGCGGCACCUGUCGGCGACGGGGUGUGAGGGCUACAUGUGCGCGGAGCCGCUGCUGUGGGAUCCGCGCCUCUUCUCUGCGCCGCCCCACCCGGUGCGCAACGGGCGAUGCUUCGCCGAGUGCCGUGAGGCGCGGCUGGGCGCCGUUCGUGCGGCGCAGGCGUACCUGCAGCUGGUGCAGCGCUACCCCGUCGACGUCGGCUUCGUCAAGGCGCACCUCUUCAAGAUGCUCUUCCACAGCUACGAGAUGCACCCGGCACUGCAUGCGUGGCUCACGAGCUUCAGCUGCAGCGGCCGCGGCGCCGCCCCCGGCAGCGACGAGAGCGGCGCGGACGGCGCAGCGGCGGAGGCGGCAGCGGCCGGCGAGAGUUCGGACUUCUUCACCGCCGCCAUGGCCGCGCUCGGCGAGCACCUGCGGCGGCUGUACGCGGCGGAGGUCUCCUGCGGCGUGGAGGGGCCGCAGCCGAAGCGGGCGGAGGCGCGCCAGCAGGGCGGCUGCGGCGAUGCCGCGCCGACGAGGAACGCGGCAGCUGCGGCGCCACCCGACGCCUUCGCGGAGGACGAGGUGUUUGGCAUCGACUUCGACUAA